GACCAGUGGUCGGACAUCCAUAGGAUUUCUCCCCAGAGCAAAAAGGCUUUAUUUUAAAGGCAAGUGAGACUGCUUCAAAUAAAACAACUCCAAGCUUCCAAGAAACAGUUAAGAGAAGGCAGAGACGGGCAGAAACACCCCUUCACUAACACUCACACGGUUGCCAUGGACCUACAUAAGCAGUGGGAGAACACGGAGACUAACUGGCGCAAGGAAAAGAUGGAAUUACUGGACCAGUUUGACAAUGAAAGAAAGGAAUGGGAAAGUCAAUGGAAGAUCAUGCAGAAGAAGAUAGAAGAGCUCUGCCAUGAAGUAAAGCUUCGGAGGAAAAUCAACAUGAGUGAACGUGCGAUCAUUGAUCUUGAUCGUGAAAAGGCCAUUCAAGACAAAAUGAUGGAAUCUUCUCCAAAUUAUCCCAAUUUAAGACAAUGUGAAUUUACAGGGAUGAAUCACAGGGAUGGUCUCGGAAAAAAAGGUAAAACAGAGCAGAGCUUACUCAGUGAAAGAAAUCAAAUGCGUAAGGAACAAAAAACAAUCAAAAAAUCAAAAGUAGGGUUAAUGGAUUCUAUGGCCACAGACAACCAAAAGGAAUGUGAGACCCCGCCUGACCUGAGGACUUCUGAGGAAGAGAACAAGAGCUGCUCUGGCGCCCUCAACACAGCUCUUGAAGAACUUGCCAAAGUUAGUGAAGAAUUAUGCAGCUUUCAAGAGGAAAUUCGAAAGCGUUCUAACCACAGAAGGAUGAAGUCAGAUUCUUUUCUCCAGGAAACACCAGUUGUAAUUAAUAUGCCUUAUGGAGAUCACAUGAUCAACAACAACCAGUGCAUUACUUCAACCAAUUUAGAAAAAGAGAAAAAGAAAAAUAGAAAGAAUCUGAGCUGUACUGAUGUUUUCCAAAACAAUUCUAAGAAAAAAGGUGGAAUUGAUAAAUCUGAUCUGCAAAGAAGUGAAACCCCACCAGUUCCUCCUCCAAGAAGUACAUCUCGAAAUUUUCCCAGCUCAUGUUCUGCACAAGCCCAUGAAAGUUUGAAGGAAAGUUCAGACCACAAUGGCUGGGUGGCCCAAGAAGGUCAAGGCGAAAAGAACUGCAACCCUCAUUUCCUCUGGAGGCACGACGAGAUGCCUAUGCUGUGUCUAAAUGAAGGGAAGACUUUGAAAGAUGGUAUCACAUUUUCUUCUUUGGCACCAGAAACCAAAAUAGAUAAAAAGCCUUCAUGUAAUGAAAAUGUUGGACUUACCAUGUGGUCAUGUGACACUGGAAUUGUUGCAAAAAAUAGCCCCUCUACACCAUGGUUUCAGAAAACCUGCUCUAUUCCCAAUAAGCCAGAAUAUGAAAAGGUGAUUCCAGAUCACCCUGCUAAAUCUCAUCCUGAUCUUCACAUAAGCAAUGUCUGUAGCUCCUUGGUGACACAGAGCAGUGGCCCACUGAGAAGUUUCAGUUGUGGCUUUGAAAGGACUACUAAGAAUGAAAAGCUGGCAGCAAAGACUGAUGAAUUUAACAGAAUCGUAUUUAGAACAAAUAGAAAUUGUCAUGCAGUACAGCAAAGUCCAAGCUACUCAGAACCAUCUGAAGAUCUUCAGCCCUGUGAUACUUUAAUUUCUUGCACAGGUAACAUCUCAGAAAGUGACAGUGUUUCUGACAUUCUGAAAACCAGUGCCCCCAUACCUGUGCCCAGGGAAAAUGUGCAUGAUAAUUCCACCAAAAAACCCACAACAGGCCUAUUCAGACAAAUGCAGGAACACAUAAGCCCUAGCAGUUACCGGAAUAUGCUCCACGAGCAUGACUGGAGACCAAGUAAUUUGUCUGGCCGACCAAGGUCAGCUGAUCCCAGGUCAAAUUAUGGUGUGGUGGAAAAGCUGCUGAAAACCUAUGAGACGUCUGCGGGGUCCGCAUUGCAAAAUUCUAAAUGCUUCCAGGCUAAUUGGACCAAGUGUAAUUUUGAUGUCAGUGGUGGAGCCACAUUAAGUCAGCAUUUAAAAAAGUUCCAAAUAGAACAAGAGCUUCAGCAAAAGCCAGCUAUGUGUGGAGCACAGCAAGUGAAGCAAGGAGCAGAUCGGAAAGAGGUAACUGAGGACUCCAUGGCAGUGAAAUCCUCACAUGGAAAAGGAUUUUCCCGACCUGCUAGACCAGCAAAUCGCCGUCUCCCGUCCAGGUGGGCAUCCAGAUCUCCAUCGGCACCCCCUGCCUUGCGGAGAACUGUCCACAACUUUCCCAUUUCUCUGCAAUCAGAAGCAUCGAUGGUCUGAGUCUCUGGCCUGGAUUGCUAGAUUACAAAAGUCCCAAUUGCCAAACAGAGUAUUCUGAGUGUUUACAACCAAUUCUGUCUCUUCUAUAUCUUUCAAGAUUACUGGGACAAUUGAAAUCUUAACUUCCCAUCAGUCUUCAGUGUUUUUAAUCUGUGGAACAAUUAUCUUCCUGUAUUUUGAUUUUUUAGAUCAGAAUUUUUU